AAAAUUUCGUCGUCUGUCCUCUCUUCUUGUAUCGUUCAACAAAUUCUUUCGUGCAAACUGCAAAUUGACUUGUUUUUGUGUCGCAAGAGUGUAAACUUUUAACAUUGUACUUGUUAUUUACAAAAUUAGAAUAAUUAUACGUAGAAGUUAUAUUAACAUAAUCACGUAAUUUAGUAAUUUAUUGUAUAAGGUGCAAAUAUACUGAUCGAAGUUGCGUGAUAUGAAGAACGUUCGGUGUAUGGGAAGCAUAAAAAACUAAUUUUCGACGGUAUUAUGUAUACAAAUGCGUGUGGUAAAGACCACCUGGAGAUCAGGCGAGAUUAUUUAAAAAUAUGUUCACCACAACCGGAAUGGUAGCAGCCCCACAACAAGCGACUAAUCAAGUCGCACAAAAUGGGAGCACUACUUUACCUCGAUCCCAUCAUCAAAGAACAGGGAGGCCUCCUGCAGCUCCUAAGUCCUAUGACUACCUCUUGAAGGUGCUACUUGUAGGUGAUUCUGAUGUUGGUAAACAAGAAAUUCUGCAAGACUUAGAAGACGGAUCUGCAGAUUCACCAUUCUGUAGUGGAAGUGCAUAUAAAACGACAACAAUCUUGCUCGAUGGCAAAAGAGUGAAGCUUCAACUUUGGGACACAUCAGGCCAAGGUCGAUUUUGCACAAUUAUACGCUCAUAUUCACGUGGUGCUCAGGGCAUACUCUUAGUCUAUGACAUUACAAAUAAAUGGUCUUUUGAUAGCAUCGAUAGGUGGCUUGAAGAAGUGGAAAAGCAUGCUCCAGGUGUUCCUAAAGUACUAGUUGGGAAUCGGUUACAUCUGGCAUUCAAACGACAAGUGCAGGAGCGUGAAGCAGAAUUAUAUGCAGCAAAAAAUCAUAUGGCUUUCUUUGAAGUGAGCCCUCUAUGUGACUUUAAUAUAAGAGAAAGCUUCUGUGAAUUGUCACGCAUGGCCCUGCACAGAAACGGUAUGGAGAGACUGUGGAGAAGCAAUAAAGUGCUCAGCCUUCAAGAAUUGUGCUGUCGUGCUAUAGUGGCACGAACAUCUGUGUAUGGCUUAGAACGACUGCCUUUACCAACUACAUUGAAGUCUCAUCUUAAGUCGUAUGCUAUUUCUGCGGCUCCAAGCAGACAUCGUGCUCGCCCCCCAAAGCAUCCACAUAAUGCAAGACUUAACUGCACUGGUCGUAAUUCCUGUACAAUUGCAUGAAAUAUUUCACCUUAAUGCCUAAUUUCACUUUCUGUCUGAUAGAUAAAUAUUGGAAAAAUCAAAUAAUUGCCUUUUUCAUUUAGGACUGAAGGACUUUUCCAACUUUUGGUCCACUUCUAAUUACUGUCUGACCAUUACCUUAUUUCAGUAUGAUAUUUUUAGCUUAUGAUACAUGUACUAAAAUCAUUUGAAAUUUGAAUGUAUAACCUAACCAGAAAGUCAAAAAUCUUCACUAUAUUGCAAUUCACACUUGGCAAGCGUACAUUCAUGAUACUAAUUUAGCAGUAACACUUAUUGUCUGACAUAAAUAUCUAAAUUUCUAUAUGAACUUGAAAUUUUCUAUGAUAGUACUACAUUAAAAUUAUGCAGGAAUAUAAUUUAAAAAAUUAUUACAUAUUAAGCAUUUUUUUAGGUUAAAAAUUAAUUAAUGAAGGAGUGGUUACUCUCAGUCUACUACUUAAUUAGAUGUUUUUAAAAUGUGUGCAAUAAGGCAAAAUACAUGAAUUUUAUGUGGUAUAUAAAGAAACACCAACCUUUAAGAAUUACUUAAGGCUCUAAGUUUAUUUUAGUGGUGAC